UGAGUUCGUGUCCCCAUUAAUUCACCAUAAACAAGUCACUUGAUUUUUUCCAGUUUCCUGCCUAUUUAUCUGGGAUAACCGUGAACACGUGAGCAUCCUGAACCCCGGGCCUCCCAGAGAUAUGGAUGCGACGUGGACCGGUACAGACUCUGACGUCAGCAUAACCUGGAAGGUCCCGGAUGAUGCUUCAGUUCACGGGUUGAAUGGGUUCUAUGUGGAUAUAGGCGGGGUGUACUGUGCAUACUUCAAUCUGACCACAGCCGUCUGGACUAAAGACACAACCAAGAUUGUCUUUCAACACACAGUGAGAAUUACACAUGGCAUGGCGCCCUUUGGUAACACAGUGAUCAUAGAUGUAUGCAGUCUACCACGUCGUACUACAGAACCGUAUAAUUGCGAAAUGAAACACAUGCAACUGACCUCCUCCACGCCCUCGGCGACCACUGCCCCAGCUGACUGGACCACGGAGAUUUCCAUUCGGACUCUGCAAUGCAAGGAACAGGUGCUGGUCAGUUUCCAAUUGGCUCCUGAAGAAUUUAAUUUUUCGAAAUAUACCGUCACACUGUGGAAUACCACCAAUAGGCCCUUGGAAGAAAUGACCGUUUUCACACCCAACAACAGCACAAUGUUCGAGAAUGUUGGAGCUGGGGAGUUCACACUCGUGGUUGAGCCAAAAGAUGUUAGCAUCCAUAAAUUGCCCGGCUCAUGUGUCUGCAAAACUAAAAAUGGAGACUGCAGAAAUCUUUGCGCAAGGUCGCAUAGAAAAUUUACUCAGAGAGCCUGCGAAGCUUCAACAACUGCUCCCCCUAUCGGUCCACCAGGCAGGCAAGUGGCCACGACGACAGAAGACCCCCUCACGUCUGCUUUUCCAAUAGGCGUGACGAUUGCAGCUUUUACCGGAAGUGUUUGUAGCCUCGCUUUCAUAAUAGCAGCAACUGUUUGCUUGAUCAGGAAAAACAAAUGUAAAUUUAUUUCAAUGAAAAUGUCCCGCUACGACGAGAACGUUAGACUGGACCAAGAUGGACUCCAAUUCCUUGGCAGAAAAGAAUUGACGUCCAGUUGCGCCAGCCGCCAAAGGACAGUUCUUGUUCUUUUCUCCCAUGAGCACCCGCGGCACACUACAGUGGUGCUAAACUUUGCCAGAGUCCUUAAAGAAAUGUUUAACUUUGACAUUACUGUUGAUAUGUGGUCAACACAAGAUAUCGCCGCCAUUGGAAAAAUUGAAUGGCUGACUAAAAAUAUCGAACGCGCCCACAGUAUCAUCGUUGUCUGUUCCGAGGACGCUAACAGAGUUUCCAGAGCGCAACAGGAAAAGAAAAGCUUCAGUAGGCCUAUACCAUGCCAGCAUGACCCGUACGGCGAUAUCUUCACCCUGGCGCUUAGCAUGAUACGGCGUCGAGGUCUAAAGGACGAGAUUUACAAAAAGACCGUCUGCACUCGUUUUCAUUACACUCCAGAGUUUUCUUUACUUGAUGGGUGUCAUACUUUUUGUCUCUUGAACGACCUCAAGGGCGUGUUGGAGUUUAUACAAAGCGGAUCACAAAAAAUAGAAUGUGCUUUAAGUGAAGCAUCUCCUGAAACUGUUCGCGCUUGGCAGCGUCUCAAUGAAUCCAUUGAGGAAGCAGAUCGUUAUUUUAGAGGAAAUACAAAAUGGUGGAGUGAUGUGUUUGGACUGCGCAUGUCCCAGUGUCCCGAACACGACCCGGAAAUGGCCGAGGAGUCGUACGACAGCGGUAUUGUAUGUAAUGGUGACAUAGGCAGGAUUGUAAGGUUGCAGUCCUGUGGUAAAAGCGGCACUCACAUGCAAGUCUUUCCAAGUGAAAACAAUGGCUUUACAGCAUCAACGCUUCAACAACACACUCAGCUUUUGGCGAAUGGAUGUCGUUUUCCGGUUCUAAAACCGCCUCGUGAUGUCGAUAACCUCAGCAAAACGUUCAGCCAAACUGCUCGAGAAAUAAACGCCGACUGCGAAGGAGAUUUUGAUAUGUCAGGAGACGAGAUAUCUGAUAUGCAGGAACCCUGGCUUACCAAAGAAAUCGAAGACAAUUUUUCACUGCAAAGUGGAGAACAAAUCUCACUUUGAGUGCCUAGGGGUGGGGGAUGGGGGUGGGGAACUUUGGCACCUUAUUUCGCUGUGCAACAAAAUCAGACAUGAACAGAACUCUUGCUAGAAGGUUCAAAA